AUGACCACCAAUAAGGAGAGAUGUCACUUCCAGGUGGGUGACUUCGUGGACAGUUAUGGUGGACAGCCGAACUUCAGGACUCCCAACACACCCAAGAAGAUCCACCAGUGCCCUGUAUGCCCGUACACCACACCCAAUCGCUCCCACUGGAUUGUUCACUGCCGAACACACACUGGUGAAAAGCCAUAUUCAUGCUCAUACUGUCCAUAUGAGGCAGUUGCCAAGAGUGACCUGAAGAGACAUAUUAGAAUUCACACAGGAGAAAAACCAUUCUCUUGUCCUCACUGCCCAUAUCAGACUGCUGUCAGUGCAAGCCUCAAGAGACACAUUCUUACCCACACAAGAGAAUUGAAUGGUAUUUGGAUACAAGAAAAUAGUCUAGUGACAGUAAGUAAGAAAGAAGACAACUCAGAAAGGACUAACCUCUGUACCAAAUGCUUUAUCACAUUACUAAGCUCCACCUCCCCAACAGAUGAGGCUGGAGACAUCGAGAAGACACUCAUGUGCUACUGCCACCAUCACCACCACCUCUGUGGCUGGAACUUCCAUCAAGAUCCACCAGUGCCCAUACUGUGCCUACACAACCUCCAUCAUCUCCAACCUGAAGAAGCAUGCACGCAUCCAUACUGGAGAGAAACCUUUUGCCUGUCCCCACUGCCCCUUUCGUGCAACCCAAAUGGAAAACCUCAGGAAACAUGUCCGCACCCACACUGGCGAGAAACCCUACACUUGCCAACAAUGCAUGUACCGCACCACAAAGAAGAGCUGUUUAAUGAGACAUAUCAUGACUGUGCACAACGUUUGAAGAUGUUAGCAAGAUGUGAGGACCUAGGAUCCAGUGAGGGCAUCAGUAGGAAGCAUCUGUGGAGGAAUGUCAGUAACAGCAAUAGUUAUCCAUCAGGCACCAAGAUCCACCAAUGCCUCUACUGUUCCUACACCAGUACCUUGAAGUGCAAUUUGCUUCGUCAUGAGAGGACUCACACAGGAGAGAAACCCUUCCCAUGUCCACACUGUAAUUUUCGUUGUUCACAGAACUCGGAUCUGAAGAAGCACAUUCGCAUUCAUACAGGAGAGAAGCCCUUUGCAUGUUCACUCUGUCCAUAUAGGUCAUCCCGGAAAGAGAGUCUGAGGAGCCACAUGCGAACACACACUACAACUGUGCGCAAUUGAUGACAGAACUCUGAUAUCAGGUUUUGUAAUAUAGGAUAACAGGCAUUAUCAGUUUUCCAAUUUGUAUGUCUUUUUUUUUACUCAAAAGUUUUAUUUUCUAUUGCAUAAAGCUACUGAAAUGUACAUAUAAUGGAUCCUGUAUAUUGGAGGUAUUUAUAUUUUAAGUUUGGUUAUAUUAAUCAUAGACUUAAAGAUUGCCAAUGAAUGAAAAUUCAUAUAGAUCUAAAAGAUACCAAGAAGUGAGAUGAAUACCAGUUCAGUAGUUUACAAAUCUACAUUAAAGAUGGAACUUGCACAACAAACUUCACCAAACCAAAUUUUGGAGAAAAGUAUUAUCAUCCAAUGAUAUUGAGUAAAAGCUGCCAUGAUAUGAAAUGCUUUCUGAUUCAAAAAUUAAUUUUAUUUUUGUAAUCUCUAUUUAUUUGCAGCAGCUUUACUUUAAUUUAUUAAUUUAGUGAAAUCUAUCAUUCACUAAUUUUAUUAGAAAGGCAAUAAAGUAAGUGAAUGUAACUGUAUUUAUAAAAAUAGUUUAAACAAGGAAGUUUAUAUGAGCUUCCUGCCAAAUAGUGACACCAGUUCAGAUGAGACAUGUCAAUGUUGCUUAUAUCACCAAUUAUGUUUUAUGUAACAAGCUCAAGUCACCCAACUUCUGUUUCAUAUAAUCUUGUCUUUCAAAAUCUUUUGCGCAGAAUUAUUCAAAUGAAUUUAUAUUAUUCUACAACAUAUGAUUAUUGAUGAAAAAUAUGCUUAUAGUAAACAACUGAGCAUAGAGUAAAAUAAUUAUUGAACCAGUAAUAUAGUUAUUAACACCUGAAGUAAACCUAUUCACUAGCAAAAAAAGUCACUGAGUGUGGGAAUUAAGCUUACUCCCCAUUUCCUUCCCUCUCCCUCUCCUGUUCCCAUUUCCUUCUCUUCCUCUCCUGUCCACAUUUCCUUCCCUCUCCUCCUCCUGUCCCAAUUUCCUUCCCUUUCCCUCUCCCUCUCCUGUUCCAAUUUCCAUCCCUUUCCCUCUCCUGUCCCAAUUUUCUUCCCUUUCCCUCUCCUUCCCAAUUUCCUUCGCUCUCCCUCUCCUUCUCAAUUUCCUUCCCUCUCCCUCUCCUGUCCUAAUUUUCUUCCCUUUCCCUCUCCUGUCCCAAUUUCCUCCCCUCUCCCUCUCCUUCCCAGUUUCCUUCCCUUUACCUCUCCUGCCAGCUGCUUAAGCAUAUCUCAGAUUUCAUUCACCUUUAAUUUGGCACAAUAUCUUCAAAGUUGCCAAUGAAACAUUAAAACAUUUGCAAACAUCUCCCAGUAUCUGUUGAUGUAAUGUUGACAAAUGUCCCAUGGUACCAAGAGGUUAAAAUAUGUGAAUAUGAAGUUCGUGAAAAAUUAUAUGCAAGCUUCUGAGAAGCAGAUAGAGUGAAAUACAACUGAAUGUUUUAUACUUAUUGAUUUAAGUUAUAAUUUAGUUAUACACUUGCUAAAAGGCCCACCCACUUCUUCAGUUGAAAAAAAGGAAGCUAGUGUUUUUCUAAGAGUGUGCAGUGAAGUUAAUUCUUUAUAUCAUUAAUUUUUUCCAAAGACUGAAGUGACCAGACCUUUGUGUAUAUCUUAUGUUAUUUAAAAAGAUAUCUUAUCAGUUUUUUUAUGCUCAUACUUUUUCCAGGAUGUCAUUCAGUGAUAGUGAUUCGAGAGGAUAGCAAAUGAAACAUUUGUAUCAACAGCUAUAAAUAAAUCUCACAUUUUU